GCUAAAAUGCUAACGGUGCUAAAAUGUCCAUAGUGGAAAACCAGAGUAUUAAGAGCUCAUUUACGCCGUUUCUGAAAUAGUCUGCUCAACCGAGCGUGCUUAAGGAUGGUUGGUUAACGUUUCCCGUCUGAUAAAUUCUAAACUGCGUUGUUCGUUAAAUUCCUGACCAGGAGAUACGUACGACUACCACCGGUAGACAGGGAAACUGGUUGGAUUUGACACUUGUAUCGGCCCGGGACUGCCAUGGAAAAGACACCUACUUUAUUCGUCUGCGGCAAGGCAGACUGAUCCACUGGAAAGCACCUUUUCGGGAGGUAGACAAGGACAGAGCGGUGGUACACGUCUCAGAGGCUUUGAGACCCAGGGCUUGCCGAUCUAGUGGGUUGCUGCCAAAAACCAACACGGAAAGAGCCUGAAACAGUUUGCCUGGGUGGCAGCAUCACAUCUUCAGACCCAGGAAAAUGGCACGCCUGGGAGGCAGUCAAAACCAGAAAGCUGCAUGCUUGGGGGACAGUCACUUACAUUAAACAGCACAGCGGCAGGCCUGAAUGGUUUGGGGAACUUAAGAGGAGCGCGCUGCUUUAGGGGCUGAGAUGGACUAAUAAGGGAGCCUGGGUUGCAUCAUCGGCCAAUAAUAGCUCACCACGAGGAAAGGGCUGUAAGAAGAACAGUAAGACCCAGCAGAGCGCGGUGAUCAGAACAAUCCACAGUAUCUUUGAUGAAGGGCCAGGAGUUGAUCUACACUGCCAUGCUGGCAAAGACCUUACCUCCAGUCUCACCUCUUGCCCGCUCACCAACGGUCGUCGACGGGGGGGACCAGAUUUAGCACAUCACGUGUUAGACCCUAGAACUAGGUGUGGGCUUGCCCCACCGAUGUUCCACACAACCAUCUCCGGGGAACGGGUCACUGCUGCCAUCCAUCGAUGGCCGUCGUUUGACGGGGAAAAUUGCGAAUGCUGAGCAGGCUAGUGAGGUUGGGGCCCGCCCUCAGUCUCCGCUCUUUGGCUACUGGAUGGAAUUGAGGUGAAUGGAGCCCAUUUCCAACGUUGAGGACCCCAACUCAUCAGAGGGAGAUGUGAAACGCUGGCCCAAUGGACCAAAAAGGAAGAGAAAGAACAGCACAUGUUCAUUGAAGAGCAUGUCUGCACUGAGCCUCUCUGUCCCAGGAUACAUCCCCAGCUACUUGGAGAAGAAUGAGCCAUGUGUGGUAUGUGGAGACAAGGCCACCGGCUACCAUUACCGCUGCAUCACAUGUGAGGGCUGCAAGGGUUUCUUCAGGCGAACUAUCCAGAAGAACCUUCACCCGGCUUACUCCUGUAAGUACGAUGGCUGCUGCAUCAUCGACAAGAUCACAAGGAACCAGUGCCAACUGUGUCGCUUCAGGAAGUGCAUCGCAGUUGGCAUGGCUAUGGACCUGGUGCUGGACGACUCUAAGCGGGUAGCCAAGCGUCGUCUGAUUGAGGAGAACCGGGAGAAGAGGAAGAAGGACGAGAUCGUGAAGACUCUACAGACACGUCCGGAGCCCGACAGCUCGGAGUGGGAGCUGAUCCGCCAUGUGACAGAGGCCCACCACCACACCAACGCGCAGGGCUCCCACUGGAAACAGAAACGCAAGUUCCUGCCUGAGGACAUAGGUCAGUCCGCCGGGGCUCCCACCCCAGACGGAGACAAGGUAGACCUGGAGGCCUUCAGCGAGUUCACCAAGAUCAUCACUCCCGCCAUCACACGCGUCGUCGACUUUGCCAAAAAACUAACCAUGUUCUCAGAGCUGCCUUGUGAGGACCAGAUCAUCCUAUUGAAAGGUUGCUGUAUGGAGAUCAUGUCGCUUCGUGCCGCCGUGCGCUACGACCCAGAGAGCGAGACGCUUACCCUGAGCGGCGAGAUGGCGGUGAAGAGGGAGCAGCUGAAGAAUGGCGGGCUGGGCGUUGUGUCGGACGCCAUCUUUGAUUUGGGCAAGAGUCUGGCGCAGUUUAACCUGGACGACUCGGAGGUGGCCCUCCUGCAGGCUGUGCUCCUCAUGAGCUCAGAUCGCUCUGGCCUGACAUCGGUAGAUAAGAUCGAGAAGUGCCAGGAGACGUACCUGCUUGCCUUCGAGCACUACAUCAACCACCGCAAACACAACAUUCCCCACUUCUGGCCCAAGCUGCUGAUGAAGGUGACGGACCUGAGGAUGAUCGGGGCUUGCCACGCCAGCCGCUUCCUCCACAUGAAGGUGGAGUGUCCCAACGAACUCUUCCCUCCGCUCUUCCUGGAGGUCUUCGAGGACCAGGAAGUAUGAACUGACCCCUGACUUUUGACCUGGAAGAGAUAGAAGAGAGAGGGGGGGAAUUAUGAGGGGGAAAGAAAAGGAGUAACAAUUGGCCUCUUUCCUCAUUUUGUGAAACACAAUAUCACCACCAGCAACACAGAUAGUCACAGAGAAAAACAAAAAGGCUUUCUUUUGCAUAGCCGUUUUGAUGAUUUGCAUUUGGGGCUCCUGUGGCUGCUGGGCCCCACUUUGAGUUGGGCGGUGGGGCGACGCUCUAAAGUGGGGUUCUCUGGCUGUGGGGCCUCUCUCUGAGUUGGGGUUCACUGGCUGCACCCCCCCCCCCCCCUCUCUCUGAGUUGAUGGUCUAUGGCGUCUCUAUCUAACAGAGAAGCUAACAGCCCUGUGCGGUGUUCUCCUCCUGUGUUGUUAUACACCUGGUGCACAUGUAUGCAAACCCAAACCCACGAGGUCUGGUUGGAGUACUGGUACUGAUGGAGCUCUGUGUUAGUGGAAGGCAAUCACUCUGAGAGGCAGAUGGUUGACACAAACAUACACACUUACAAUCACACAAUUUUACAAAACCUCACACAUACAGCCACUGAUGUACAUCUACAUUCACCUAACACACACACACUACUAUAGACAAACAUAUUCAUACAGUACAUGGACUGAUCUAGCUUUUCAGAGCUGCCCAUCACUCGAGGAGGGCAGAUAGAUACUUUUUGUAUAUUUUGUCCCACAAUCGAGGUUCCAUCAGGGGGCUCCACCCUCCAACCAGCUCCCCUCUUCACCAGCCUCCUCACCAGCCUCCACUGGGACAGUUACCAAGUGUACCCCCACACUUUUCUCUUUUGGACUCUUCCCUUCCACCCCUGAUGUGCAGAGUUACACAUAUACCUCCCUUUAUGACAAUGCAAACACACAUACCUAUUUAUGAAUACAAACAAUAUCCAAUUUGUUGUGCAAUGGUGCAAGAGUACCUGCAUUUAUAUACGCAACCCUUUACCCUCACACAUACAAGUCCUGUAUACCUAUCUUACUACAUGUAUACAGUACACCGGUCUAACUGCAUGCACAUGUAUCUCUGUACCUGCAUAAUACCCACUGGUUUACCUCCAUAUGCUUCUCAUCAGAUUACAUACCUCUCUUAACCCGUAUGCAUAUAUAUAUUUUGCUGAAUAUACAUAUACAGUUAACAUAACUGUCUACCUGUGUAUAUGUGUACCUCUCCUAUACAUACCUCUCUGUGUGUACACACACAAAACAAUACUGUUCUUUUACCUCAUAUGACGGUUGAUCCUCACCUAGGUUGUGUCAUUCCACCCAUCCCAAACCUCCACUACAUCACCCGUUUGGGCUACACUGCACUCCCUAGUUGCAGACUGUGUGUGUCUCCUCCAUGUUGCCCUGCCCAUCACACAGGACUCCCACCACCUCUGAUGUGGGAUUGGUUGAGGGACCGGGGGGGGGGUGUCACUGACAGAUUCUACCUCACCUCCCAUGUUUGGAGCAGCUGCCCCUCUGAGUGCAAAUAAAUACACUUCCACAGCUGCCAAUAUGGACCUGUUUGUUCCCCUACUACACCGUUCAGUAUGGUUCUAUGACCUCUGAAAUGUGAGAGGCCGCAGACCUUUUACACUUUUCUUUUUGAAGUAUUUUUAUCACACAGGACCAAGUCUCAUACUGGAUUCCCCUAUGUAUGUUCAAGACAGGAGAAACAACAAACCCACUGGUGGUAUAAAUAUUCUCUGUCUGAUGACAAACUCAAAGGAAACUUUCUUUCGGAGGAAAAGACAGACGGUACACCUUGGAAGCCAAAUUAGCUCAAUGGACGGGCCAGGCAAAAGCCCGUGGUAAGAAAACACGAAAAAAACUCCAAUCUUUAACUCAGUUCAGCAGUGUUCACCUGUGGAUGGAUACCCUGGUUCUCAAUGUGGCAGGUCCAGAGACGAGACAAGACAAGACCGAGAGUCCUAGCCGAUGCAACCUGCCACAUAUUGUACUUUUACAGCAUCAUUCACAGUAGCAACCCCCUUUCUCCUAAAGUGUGAAAAGUGGUUGCCACAGAGAGCCACAAAGCCUUUGAGAUGACUCUCUGACUGUCCUCCCCACACAUCCAAUCCUACACCCAGCCAUCUAUGAGCUUUCGCUACAUGUCCCCCUCCCCUCUCCUUCAAAGCCAUUGACAGGUAUUUGUUUUGCACUAAAGUGAUGUCUCCCCCUGUAUUUGCCCUAUAUAUGCCCUCUGUUGCUAUACAUCUCUUCUCCUGCAGUCUUACCCUAAUCCCUAGCUUGAUCACGGCGCCUAUAACAUUCUGUUAUUACACACACACACACACACACACACACACACACACACACACACACACACACACACACACACACACACAUUCUCAGUAUUACCACAAGGGUAUUUAAAGGAACCUAGAAAAUAGGAUGUCAUUCAAACACAUGCGCAGAGAUGUGAUAUGGUUCACUUGAUAAAGAGAUGCCGAUCUCAAUGUGGCUUUAAUGUUUAAAUAAAAGAAACAUAAAAGAUAUGCAGCAUAAUGAUAAUCAACUCUUUGUCACUGUGAAGGAGCCAGGCUUUAACCAGACGGUUGGUUUGGGAUAAGGUGUAGAAUAGGGUUGGCUUUAGCUGUGAACGACAUGGAAAUGUUCCCCAGAGGGGUCGUGAAUAUCAACAUGUAGAAGAAAGGGAGGCUUUUCCACACAGCCAGUGGUCCCUAGACUACUGACAAUCUCAUACAGAAUCAGACUCACCAGCACCGCAGAGCACACUGCCUUCAGACACCAUCAAUCACACCAGCACAGCUGAUGGAUCCUCAGGCUCUCGCUGGCCAUCCUCGUGCCAGGACAACGUGCCAGGACAAAUGUUAUCUUAGGUAUGUCCUUCCACGCUACCCCCACACCUCCCAUUCUCCACACUGUUUCUAUUACACCACCUUAACUAACCACACUACUAAACCAGGAAUAUCAUCUACAUUCUCGAACUUAACAGAUAUCUUCCCUGACACUAUUUUUUUUUUACCUUUAUUUUACUAGGCAAGUCAGUUAAGAACAAAUUCUUAUUUUCAAUGACGACCUAGGAACAGUGGGUUAACUGCCUGUUCAGGGGCAGAAUGACAGAUUUGUAAGUUGCAACCUUCCGGUUACUAGUCCAACGCUCUAACCACUAGGCUACCCUGCCGCCCCAUUAACUUCUUUAAAUGGAGAAUCUCCAUUGAACACGCUUCUUAGUCCAGGACUAGGCUUUAUCUGGGUCCAGGAAACUAGCCCCAAUCUCCCCCUCCCCUUUAAGACAAUCUCAUGCUUUGCCCUCACUCGCUUUAACCUUCCCAUAACUCCGUCCUCCCCACAACAUAGCUGUCUUGCUCCCCUCUGAACAGCCAAUCAAACCCCAAGCAAAAGUAGCACUUAGAGAGGAAAGGAAAUCCCAGGAACAUGAAUGAUAUGUCGUCAUGAAGAAUGUUUAAAAAACCCAUUUAAUGUCAUUUUAUUUCACCUUUAUUUAACCAGAUAGACCAGUUGAGAACAAGUUCUCAUUUACAACUGCGACCUGGCCAAGAUAAAACAAAGCAGUGCGACACAAACAACACAGAGUUACACAUGGGAUA